AUGCGUUGCUAUUCAUCCAAGGAGCAUUGGAUGCAUGACUCUAUUUUUCCGAGAAUUUCAUCAGCAAGUUCUUCCAAGGAGGCAUGGGAGAUUUUGAAAAUGGAGUAUCAUGGAGAUAGCAAGGUAAUUUCUGUGAAAUUACAAACCUUACGUGGGACUUUUGAAUCACUUAAAAUGAAAAAACAUGAACCUGUGCAAGAUUACUUGUCCAGAGUGUCUGCCAUUGUGAAUCAAAUGAAAUCAUAUGGUGAAAUAAUAAGUGAUCAAAAUGUUGUAGCUAGGGUGUUAAGGAGCCUUACAAAGGACUAUAUUCAUGUUGUGGCUGCCAUUGAAGAAGGUGGCUAUCGCGGACGUGGUAGAGGUCGUGGCCGUGGAGGAGGUCGAUCUCAGUUUGCAGGUGAAUGUCACUAUUGUAAAAAAUAUGGGCAUAAGGAAGCAAAAUGUUGGAGUAAGCAAAGAAGUGAAGAAAAAAGGGUCAACUUUACUGAACAAGCUAAAGAAGAUGACAGGUUGUUCAUGGCUCAUUCCACUGUUGAUGAUGCAUCUCAAGAAGUAUGGUUCAUAGACAGUGGUUGUUCAAACCAUAUGUCUGGAGCGAAGUCUCUAUUUCGAGAUCUUGAUGAGUCAAAGAUGUAA